ACAGCGUUCAGAGUCUCUUGCAGUGCCCCAGUAUCUUGGUGUGUGUGGGCCGUGAACCAUUCCACCCAUUGUUGUUGGACAACUUCCGAAAAACUUCUGACAAUAAACUCCCAAAGCUUAUCUUAAAGUCGCGCUCCAGUGCCUACAACGAAGAACCAGGAUGUAAAAAUGCAGAUUUUGGACUGGAGACCAAGAAAACCAUCAUCCAUCCAAGAUCACAUGCAAGUGACAAAUCAGCCAGACACACUGCGUCAUCAGAAAAGUACUUUCCAAAUGGUCUUAGCUCAGUUCCACCAAUUCAUACUGGUCCUUUUUCUCAAAAAAGGGAAAGUAUGAUGGAUGAUGACAUUGAAAAGCGGGUUCUGGUCAAUAAGGAUGGCAGCUUGUCGAUGGAGAUGAAAGUGCGAUUUCGGUUGCUAAAUGAUGAGACGUUGCACUGGUCCACAGAGAUAAAGAAGUCUUCAAGCACUUUAAAUGAAUCUGUCUCAGGGUAUAAUGAUGCUUACUACCUCCAACAUGCCAAUUCUGAGAGCUUUUCGGAGGCAGAGUCCCUUCCUGAAGCUGAUAAUACCAAACUUCAUCAGAAGCAUACGGGGGAGCCUCACUGUCAGCACUGCUGUGCUCACUGCCAGGAGUACGACAUUUGGAAAAAUCCAACACUUGGUGAACAAGGGCCUGUGAGACGAAUUAUAUCAUCUAGUUCGAGUGAAUCCUCACACAAAAUAGUCUGCAAAAAGGCUUCGGUUGACAGCAUGGGUUCUAUGUCUAGUGAGGAGUAUACAGAGCAGGUGGUAUCAAAUGCAACUUGCAUUCAUCAGAGUGUUGGGGAGGAGUGUGAUACCACAGUUAAAUAUUGUACCAUCAGUCGCUGCUCUAAUCGCAGUGAAGUGUCUGCAGUGUCUUCAAAGAAAGCCUACACUGAAGAGGAAUGUAGAAAAACUCAGAAUAUUCGAGCACUGACUAGCAAUGACAAUAAACCUGAGAGUUCACCUACUACUCCCAUUAAAAACUUUCAAGCAGACCAGGUAAGUGUCCAAAUUACCCAGGUCUUGAUGGGAGAACACAGGUCUGUAUCUGUUGAAAGCAAUUCUUCACAAGUCCUGGCAUCCCUUAAAGAAGAUCAGGAUGAAGAAGAAACUGGUGGCCCUCCAAGUAACUUGAGAGUUGCUACUUCAAGUCCACAUUCUAUCACAUCCUGUAAAUCACCUGCAUCUCCAAACCAACAAUUAUCACCUAGACCUCCAAGUAAAUCUUCAGGUUCUUCAGUGAAAUCAAGAUCAAGACACUGCCAGUAUCAAAGAUCAAAGGAUGUGGUUGUGGCUGAUGAACAUGAACCAUCUGAGAGCAGUGCAUUCAAGACAAGCCCCCAACCCAAUGCAGAUGACUUACAUGACACCAACAUGGAAGAUGUUGGAGAUGAUACUACUACGAUACAACCUAUUGAGACCAAUAAAAAGGAGCGGUCAUCAAGUGCCAUGUCCACCAGAUCAAAUGCCUCUGCAAAAUCAAACAAAUCCAAAGGUAAUGUAGUACCUGAAGAGGAACACCCCGAUACCAAAGACAAUGCUGAGGAGAGAACAGCAAGUGCCAUGUCAACCAAAUCAAAUCUCUCAGCCAGAUCAAUUCAGUCUGAUCUACCAGAUGUUUCACUUACAGAAGCAAAGGAAACUGAAUCAGAAACAGAAGAAAGAGUACAAAGUGCCAUGUCUAAUACCUCUGUGAGAUCAAGACUUUCAGAAGUGGCAGCUGAUGACUUUGUUGAGGACCAAAUAGAAGAAAGAGUUCCAAGUGCAAUGUCAGCAGUUUCAGCUAAAUCACGUUCAUCAAUAAUAUCAGAGCUGGAAACCUCCGAAUUGAAAGAUGAAGAUAAUGAAACAGAGGAAAGAUCUGCUAGCGCCAUGUCUAUAAAAUCUAAUGCCUCUGCACAAUCAAAGAAAUCCUGUUUAUCAGAUGUAACUCCUGCAGUACUUGAAGAAGCUCAAGAAAGAGUGCCAAGCAUUAUGUCCACCAAGUCUAAUGCAUCUGCAGCAUCAAAGAAAUCAAAUAAAUCACAGGGAACACCAGCAGACACUGUGGAAACAAGUGGAAAAGAGCUAGAAGAACGAGCACCAAGUGCCAUGUCUGCUAAAUCAGAUAUCUCUGCGAGAUCAAUUAAUUCCAACAUUUCAGAAGCAGUCCCUUCAGUGACUUAUGAGGAUUCGAAUGAGCACCAUGAACGAAAAGCUGGAAGUGCCAUGUCACAAACCUCUGGAAAGUCUAGCACAUCAAAUAUUAUUGCAGAGGUGGACUCGAAAACUAAUGAGACAGGAGAAGAAGCAUUAGAGGAACGAGCCCCAAGUGCAAGAUCUACAAAAUCGAAUGCUUCUGCAAGGUCAAAAAGCUCCAUGUCUGCUAAAUCUGCAACUUCUGAAAGAUCAGAACAACACAAAAAGCCAGUCCAAAAGUGUAACAAGACAGAGCAGACCCUGCAAGAAAGAACUCCAAGUGCUUUGUCUAUUAAAUCCUGUACUUCUGAAAGAUCGGAAACGUCUGCAGCAUAUGGAACAGUGGCUGUUGAAGACCAACCUAAAGAAAGAGGUCCCAGUGCAAUGUCCACAAAAUCACAUGCCUCAGAACAUGUUGCAGAUGUUGAGGAGGAACAAGCUACAGAACGUUCUAAAAGUGCACUGUCCUCCAUAUCUAAUGUCUCUGCAAAAUCAAAGAAAUCUAAAGUAUCAGAACAAGUUAAAGAUGCUCCCGAAGAACAAGAUACAGAACGAUCUACAAGUGCACUGUCCUCCAUAUCUAAUGUAUCUACAAAAUCAAAGAAAUCUAAAGUAUCAGAACAAGUUGAAGAUGCUCCUGAGGAACAAGCUAAUGAACGAUCUCCAAGUGCACUUUCCUCCAUAUCUAAUGUAUCUGCAAAAUCAAAGAAAUCUAAAAUUUCAGAACAAGUUGAAGAUGUUCCAGAGGAACAAGCUACAGAACGAUCUACAAGUGCACUGUCCUCUAUAUCCAAUGUCUCUGCAAAAUCAAAGAAAUCUAAAAUUUCAGAACAAGUUGAAGAUGUUCCAGAGGAACAAGCUACAGAACGAUCUCCAAGUGUGCUUUCCUCCAUAUCUAAUGUCUCUGCAAAAUCAAAGAAAUCUAAAAUUUCAGAACAAGUUGAAGAUGUUCCAGAGGAACAAGCUACAGAACGAUCUACAAGUGCACUGUCCUCCAUAUCUAAUGUCUCUGCAAAAUCAAAGAAAUCUAAAGUAUCUGAACAAGUUGAAGAUGCUCCUGAGGAACAAGCUACAGAACGAUCUACAAGUGCAUUGUCCUCCAUAUCCAAUGUAUCUGCAAAAUCAAAGAAGUCUAAAGUUUCAGAACAAGUUGAAGAUGUUCCCGAGGAACAAGCUACAGAACGAUCUACAAGUGCACUGUCUUCUGUAUCUAAUGUCUCUGCAAAAUCAAAGAAAUCUAAAGUAUCAGAACAAGUUAAAGAUGCUCCCGAAGAACAAGAUACAGAACGAUCUACAAGUGCACUGUCCUCCAUAUCUAAUGUAUCUACAAAAUCAAAGAAAUCUAAAGUAUCAGAACAAGUUGAAGAUGCUCCUGAGGAACAAGCUAAUGAACGACCUCCAAGUGCACUUUCCUCCAUAUCUAAUGUAUCUGCAAAAUCAAAGAAAUCUAAAAUUUCAGAACAAGUUGAAGAUGUUCCAGAGGAACAAGCUACAGAACGAUCUACAAGUACACUGUCCUCUAUAUCCAAUGUCUCUGCAAAAUCAAAGAAAUCUAAAAUUUCAGAACAAGUUGAAGAUGUUCCAGAGGAACAAGCUACAGAACGAUCUCCAAGUGCACUUUCCUCCAUAUCUAAUGUCUCUGCAAAAUCAAAGAAAUCUAAAAUUUCAGAACAAGUUGAAGAUGUUCCAGAGGAACAAGCUACAGAACGAUCUACAAGUGCACUGUCCUCCAUAUCUAAUGUCUCUGCAAAAUCAAAGAAAUCUAAAGUAUCAGAACUAGUUGAAGAUGCUCCUGAGGAACAAGUUACAGAACGUUCUACAAGUGCACUAUCCUCUAUAUCUAAUGUGUCUGCAAAAUCAAAGAAGUCUAAAAUUUCAGAACAAGUUGAAGGUGCUCCCGAGGAACAAGCUACAGAACGUUCUACAAGUGCACUGUCCUCCAUAUCCAAUGUAUCUGCAAAAUCAAAGAAGUCUAAAGUUUCAGAACAAGUUGAAGAUGUUCCUGAGGAACAAGCUACAGAACGAUCUACAAGUGCACUGUCUUCUGUAUCUAAUGUCUCUGCAAAAUCAAAGAAAUCUAAAGUAUCAGAACAUGUUGAAGAUGGUCCUGAGGAACAAGCUACAGAAAGAUCUACAAGUGCAAUGUCCUCUAUAUCCAAUGUCUCUGCAAAAUCAAAGAAGUCUAAAGUUUCAGAACAAGUUGAAGAUGCUCCCGAAGAACAAGCUACAGAACGAUCUACAAGUGCACUGUCUUCUGUAUCUAACGUCUCUGCAAUAUCAAAGAAAUCUAAAGUAUCAGAACAUGUUGAAGAUGCUCCAGAGGAACAAGCUACAGAACGAUCAACAAGUGCACUGUCCUCCAUAUCCAAUGUCUCUGCAAAAUCAAAGAAAUCUAAAGUAUCAGAACAAAUUAAAGAUGCUCCCGAAGAACAAGCUACAGAACGAUCUACAAGUGCACUGUCCUCCAAGUCCAAUGUUUCAACAAGAUCUAAUCUAAUUUCAGAUUUUUCAGGGUUUGAAACUAGUGACACUGCAGAGGUAGGCCAUGACACAGAAGACCAAGCUCCAAGACCAACCUCAGCCAAAUCUAACACUUCUGUGCAAUCAAAGAAGUCAGCUGUUUCAGAAUCUGCCUCUAUAAAAACUGGAAAAUCAAAUAAUGGGGGAAAUGCAGUCAAAUCUUGUGUUAUAGAAUCAUCUGAAAAAUACAGAGUUAUAGAAGCAUCACCUGACAUGCUGGCAGAGGAAAAUGAAGAAUCCGGAGAGAGAGCAGCAAGUGUUGUAUCUGCAAAGUCCAAUAUCUCUGUGAAAUCUAAGAAGUCAACAGGCCAAAUCGGUGAAAGAUCACAAAGUGCACUGUCAGUAAAAACCAAUGCUUCUGAAAGAUCUACACAAUUAAAACCAUCAAAGGCUCCUGGGCAGCAUGUUGACCAUGGGGUUAAGGGGGAAAGGGCACCAAGUUGCAUGUCUUGUAAAUCUAACAAAUCAAAAGUUUCAGACACAGAGGUGAAUGAGCCUGUAGAAAUUGAUAACAACACAGAGGAGAGAGCACCAAGCACAGCAUCAGCUAAAUCCUGUAAAAAAUGUUUAGAGGAAAAAGCUGAGAGAUCGCAAAGUGCUCUAUCUGCUAAAUCUAACACUUCAGUCACAUCAAGGAAGUCAAAAUUCUCUGAUGUGCAGUCUGGACAAGUGGAAGAAAGACCUCCAAGUACUCUUUCUAUUAAAUCUGGUAUAUCUGAAAAUGAAAAAAUUAACCCUGUAAUAGUUGACCCUGCUGAAUCUGCAGAGACGAUAAGGUCUACUGCUUUGGCUGAUUGUAAAGAUUGUACCAAAAGAUCUUCUAGUGCUCUGUCAACUGGAUCUGUAAAAUCUAAGACAUCACAAACUUUACAGAAAGAGUGCAGUAAUGAAAGGAACCCUAGUGUGUUGUCAGUCCAAUCAAACACUUCUGAAAAACGGAACAUUUCAGAAGUGGAAAGAUCAAUAAGUCCUGUGUCGGCCAAAUCUAAUUCUUCUGCAAAAUCUAAAGAAUCUACCAAGUCUGCAGUUCAGAAUAAGUCAAAUGUCUCAUCUAAAGUUGAAAAAGAGAAGGAAAACAAUAGUAUCUCACAGAACAACACAGAAAUCAGUGAUACAAGAGUGAAAAGUUCUUUUUCAGACCAUUCAAAUGCACAAAGCCCAGCUAAAUGCAUAUGUGGGGGCUUGAUGAAAUCAAAUGUAUCAGAAAAUACAUUUAAUAAUGAGGAGAGGUCUCCCAGUGUCUUAUCAAAAAAAUCGGAUGUAUCUGCAAAGUCUAAAGCCAGUUCGGAAAGAGAACCAGCAAGUCCUUCUGUUUCCAUUGGGAUCGUAGAGGAUUAUGAUGCUGAUAAUAUUGAAGAGGAGACUAGCAUGUCUGUGACAACCACUCCUGUUCCAUGCAUGAAAUCCAAAAAUGAACACAUGCAAACACCAUGUGACACACCUAAACGUUCACUGUCAGCAAGAACCAAUGCCUCAUAUAAAUCCAAGAAGUCUGAAAGUGCUCGUAGCAACACUGCCCAGCCGGCGUCAGAUACUGUAUGUGGGAUGGAGAGCAAUGAAUCUGUGACAAAAAGCACUAAGGAAAAUGAAUCUUCAAACAAAGAAGUUCGGUCAUCUAGUAAAGCCUCCAGUGUUUCCCAGUCUAAAGAGAAAAAGCCUGACAGACCAAAAAGUAAUAUGUCCAGUGCAUCCCCUUUUCUGGAAGUAAAAGUCCAAAAGAGUCAUUCUAAAAGUGACCUUACAAAUGCACAAUCAAAAAAGGCACAUAAUACAGGGAACACACCCACUAAAGGAGAUGAAAAAGACACAUCAAGACCUCCAUCAGAGAAAUGCCUCAGUCCUGGCCCAUCAAAAUCCCUAAAUAAAUCUAAAAAGCCUGCUAUUGUCCUAGGGGGCUCUAAUGAUAGUGUAGUGUCUCAAGUGGUUUCAGCUCCAGAACAACAGAAUGAAAAUUCAAAGUAUUUGAAUACUACAGGAGACAUGUCUGAGAGGACAAAUGCAUCCGAAAGAACUUGUAGUGGACCUCCAGAUGCUAUUGAUUAUGGCAGACCUGCCAGUGACAAAACAAGUGAAAAAAGCAGUAAAUGCAGAAACAGAAAAGGAAGCAGCUCUUCACAACAGAAGGUAGAUGAUGAGAUCUCUGAUUUAGUUCCAUCAAGUUUACCGAAUGCAUCUCCAACUGAGGUAGUGAAUGAAUGGUUGAAUAAAAUUCCUCUGGACAGCACUUUAUAUGACAUUGGGGAUGAAUUCCAUGAAAACUGUGAAGAACUAGAAACUCCGAACACAACAAGAGAGCCGACACCAAAUGCAAGAGGUCAUGAAGCUGAAGGAGAUGUUGCUGGUGUGUUUGAGCCUCAAAUUGAGAAGGAAGAAAUUGACAAUAGCAAGGACAAAGAAGGUAACGUUGAAAAAAAUACUAAAAAAGACCUUGCUGAUGCUGGAAACAAACAGUCUAGUUUGGAAAAAGAUGAUGUCCCAAAAACUUUCCAUACUUCUGUCCAAGUCAUGAGAGUUUUGCUGAGUCCCAAACUUGAUAGGUGCAAUAGUUUACCAGAGGUAUCUUCUGUAUAUGGACAAAAACUCAGCACCUCAGCAAGAGGACUCUUGGACUGUCUUGUAAAUCUUCAGUUGAUUGAUUUUGAUCCCAAUGAUGUAAACGGAAAAGCUGAAAAAUACAAGGACCUCAUGAACUUACUUCAGACCCUUUGGCUUAGUGACCCUUCUGAGAGGAGGACAGUUACACAUAAAAGUGAAUCCAAAGAUCAGCAAUCUGUGUACGAUGAAUUGAAAGCCAAAUCAUCCUCAGGGGUCGAUGUAAACAGUGGAUCAUCUGGCUCUGGAAAGAGCAGUGCUAACGAUAGUACCAAAACUCAUAAAUCACAAACCAAUGCCGAAGGUGAGGGCUUUGAAACACUGACCAAAGUACAGGAGGUUGAUGAAACAGAAGGAGAGGGUUUAGAAGUGGCAGACACAAAAUCCAAUCCAGCAACUCCAGAUAUUGCAAGUCGAGUCCAGUGGACCUCUGAGAAUGAGGCAGAGGGUACUGUUGAAGAAAAAUUAAAAGAUAGUAACGUUCCAAACUCAGACGAUACAAUUAGGAGUAAUGAUAGUCCCAGAGAUCAACUCGAAACACCAUCUUCAUCCAACAAGAGUUCCGGAAAUGAUAGUACUGCUAAACAGAAUGAAGAUGAAACUGAACAUCAGGAAGACACAAGUUCAGGUACUCCUCCUUCUGUGCAGAGAGCCCAAUUAACAAAAAAGGCUUCUCAAGACCCUGAUCCUGUCUGGGUGCUGAAUCUGCUAAAUAAACUAGAAAAGCAGUUUAUGACACAUUAUGUCAAUGCAAUGUCUGAAUUUAAAGUCCGCUGGAACUUAGAUAACAAUGAGCAGCUUGAUGUCAUGAUAUGUGAAUUAAGAGAUGAAGUUCAUAAGAGGAUACAAUUUAGCAUAGACAGAGAACUCCGGAAAAUUCAGGGUCGUGCAGGAAGACCAAGACCCCCAAAAGAAGCCAUGUCACGCGAGUCAACUGUUCAAACUGAACAAAGACGCAGACGUCUGAAAGGAAUGGUCAAUCAGUCAAUCGAUCAAGCAGCAAAAAGUGAUGAUGAUUACACAGGUACAGGGACUGAUUUUAGUGAUCAGCGCAGCGAUGAUGAAUAUUGCCCAUGUGACACAUGCAUGAAAAAGAAAAUGGCAUCUAGGCCUGUGUUACCUGUGGAGGUCUUUAAUUCUGCUCCAGUUAUGAUGGACUUUGACUUGAGAAAAAUUCUCAAUCUUAAAAGAGAAGCUCCCACCCAUAACAAAGAAAGAAUCUUAGAGGUGACUGAGAAUGUGGAGUUUAACACAGACGCUAAAGGUUUGGAUGAAGAUGUUGUGCUUGAGGUUGUGAAGGAAGAGGAGGAGGAGGAGCUCGAAAAAGCACAGGUAACUGAAUGUGAAACAGAAAUGGCGAGGUGUGAGGCAGAAAUGUGCAUUGAAAAUAUGACUGAUGAGCAAGAACAUGCAAGAGAUAUGGAUACUGCUGAUGAUGAAACACCAGAGCAGGGUGAGACAGCUGAAACAGAAAAUGUAGAGGCAGCCAAAGCUGAUACAAUAGCAGAAGAGGAAAUCGCUGAGGGGUUACCAGCAGAUGAGGAAACAGUGGAGGCCACUGUGGCUGAAGUGGCAGAGGAUGAGGAAAAAGUUGAUGAUGAAUUAGCAGAGGGAAAAGGGUCUGUGGAAAGCAAAACAGAGAGAGAAGAGCAAACUCCACAAGCGGAAUCUCUAAAAGAUGGAGCUGAGGAAGAAGAGGAUGAAAUGGCAAAAGAUGAAGAGGCCAAUAAUGAUGUAAUUACAGAAGACAGAGAAACAACAGAAGGUCUAGAAGAGGAAGAAAUAGUAGAGACAGCAGAAGAUAUGGAGACAAGUACAGCUGAAGGUGCAGAAGAUGAAGAAAAGGUUGAUGAAUUAGCAGAAGGAAAAGACAAUGAGGAAGCAGCUGAUGAUGAAACACAUGAACAUGGAGAGACAAAUGAUGACGAAACAGCAGAAGAUGAAGAAGUAGCUGAUGAAACAGCACAAGAUGGGGAGGCAUCUAAAGCUGACAUAGACAUAGAUGAGGAGAGGGCUAAUGAACAGUUAAAAAAUGGAGAUACAGCUGAGGAUGAGACAACCAAAGAAGAAGAGGCAUCAGGAGCUGAAAUUGCAGAAGAUCAUGAAGAAAGUCAAAUAGUUGAAGAUGAAGAAAAAGCUGAAACUGAAACUGCAGAGGAUGGAGAAACAGCUGAAGAUGGAACAGAACAUCUAGAAACAGCAGAUGACCAAGCAGGGGAUGAUGACACAAGUCAUGAAGCACUAGAAGAUAAAGAGCCAGAUGUAGCUGAGAGGACUGAGGGUGGAGAGAGUGCUGUAGAUGAAAUAAUAGAAGGCAGAGAGACAGAUGAAGCUGAAAAAGGGAAAGAUGAUGAAACAGUCGAAGAUGAAACAGCAGAGGAUGGAGAGACAGCUGAUGGAACAACUGAGGAUGGAGAGGCUGUUAAAGAAGAAAGAGCAGAAGAGGUAGAGGAAGAUGGAGGGGCAAUUGAAAAUGAAAUAGCAGAUGAUAGAGAGACAGCUGAUGAAGAAACAGCAGAAGACGGAGAAACAGCUGAUGAAGGAAUAGCAGAAGGUGGAGAGGCCACUGAAGGUGGAACAGCUGAUGAUGGAACAGCAGAAGACGAAGAGGCAACUGAUGACAGAGAGACAACUGAUGGAACAGCAGAAGACACAGAGGCAGCUGACGAAGGAACAGCAGAAGACACAGAGGCAGCUGAAGAAGGAACAGCAGAAGACACAGAGGCAGCUGAAGAAGGAACAGCAGAAGACACAGAGGCAGCAGAUGAUGGAACAGCAGAUGGCACAGAGGCAGGUGAAGAAGGAACAGCAGAAGACACAGAGGCAGCUGAAGAAGGAACAGCAGAAGACACAGAGGCAGCUGAAGAUGGAACAGCAGAUGACACAGAGGCAGCUGAUGAUGGAACAGCAGAUGGCACAGAGGCAGCUGAUGAUGGAACAGCAGAUGACACAGAGGCAGGUGAAGAAGGAAUAGCAGAAGACACAGAGGCAGCUGAAGAAGGAACAGCAGAAGACACAGAGGCAGCUGAAGAAGGAACAGCAGAAGACACAGAGGCAGCUGAUGAUGGAACAGCAGAUGACACAGAGGCAGCUGAUGAUGGAACAGCAGAUGACACAGAGGCAGGUGAAGAAGGAAUAGCAGAAGACACAGAGGCAGCUGAAGAAGGAACAGCAGAAGACACAGAGGCAGCUGAUGAUGGAACAGCAGAAGACACAGAGGCAGCUGAAGAAGGAACAGCAGAAGACACAAAGGCAGCUGAAGAAGGAACAGUAGAAGACACAGAGGCAGCUGAAGAAGGAACAGCAGAAGACACAGAGGCAGCUGAUGAUGCCACAGUAAAAGAUGCAGCUGAUAAUGGAACAGCAGAAGAUGUUGAGGCAGCUGAAGAUGAAACAGCAGAAGACACAGAGGCACCGGUUGAUGAUGGAGAGACAUUGGAUAAAGAGACAUCCAAAGAUGGAGAUGCAGAUGAUAAUAUAACAGCAGAAAAUGAAGCAACAGCUGAUCAUGGAACAGCAGAAGAUGAAGACAUAGCUGAUGAUAGCAGAGCAGAAGAGGGAGAGACAGUUGAUGAUGAAACAGCAGAAGAUGGAGAGACAGCUGAAGAUGGAGAGACAGCUAAUGAUGGAACAGCAGAAGAUGCAGAGACAGCUGAUGAUGGAACAGCAGAAGAUGGAGAGACAGCUGAUGAUGGAACAGCAGAAGAUGAAGUGACAGCUGAUGAUGGAAUGGCAGAAGAUGGAGAGACAACUGACGAUGAAAUAGCAGAAGAUGGAGAGACAGCUGACAAUGGAACAGCAGAAGAUGGAGAGACAGCUGACGAUGAAAUAGCAGAAGAUGGAGAGACAGCUGACAAUGGAACAGCAGAAGAUGGAGAGACAGCUGACGAUGGAACAGCAGAAGAUGGACUGACCGCUAAAGAUGAAACAGCAGAAGAUGGAGAGACAGCUGACGAUGGAACAGCAGAAGAUGGAGAGACAGCUGAUCGUGGAACAGCUGGAGAUGGAGAAACAGCUGAUGAUGGGACAGCAGAAGAUGGAGAGACAGCUGACGAUGGAACAGCAGAAGAAGGAGAGACUGCUGAAGAUGGAACAGCAGAAGAUGGAGAGACAGCAGAUGAUGGAACAGCAGAAGAUAGAGAGGCAACAGAUGAAGUGGAGGAAAUUGUUCAAAGUGAUGUGGAUGAAAGUGAUACUACUCAAGGGGAGGAAGAAGGGAAAGAAGAAGCUGGUGAAGAAGGUGAAGGUCAAACCAGUAUUGAUAAUACUGAUGGUCAUGAUGAAGUAACUGAAUUAAAAGCUGAAGCUGAUAAGACUGAUGAUGAAGAUGCACCACUUAAAAAUGAGGGGGAUGUUGUUGUACACAGCAUUGAUGGAAACACAAGUAAUGAAGGAAGCAAAGAAGAGCAUGCAGAUAAUUUAAACGCAGAAGAAAGCUCGGUGGUGUUGAGCGAUAGUCAAGACAAAAGCCAAUAUCUUAAUGGCCAGUAUUUUGUAAAUCCCGGCGAAUCAGCUGAAGGAGGGGAUGAAGCUGAGGAUGAAACUGAGCCAGAUGUGGAAACAGAUGAUGGAGAGCAAGAGAUGAAGAUCCCUGCUGCACCAUCUUCUAAACUGAGUGAACAGGAAGAUGACCCAACUGAUGUGACAACAAUGGCAUCAUUUACUGCUUCAGUGAAAAUGUACACAGGCUCUGAAGAUGGAGCAGAAGCUGAUGUUGAAGAUUCUGAAACAGAAGUGCAUAAUGCGUAUGGAAAUGAUGAGAAGAAUGUUGAAGCAGCUGUUGCACACAGCUCUAUGGAAGAGAACGAGGCUGAAGGUAGUAGCGCAAAGCUAUCAGAUAUUGCAGAAGAUGUUGGUGAAGAUGAGGAGGAUGGGGAAACAAGUACUGAUGGUGGGGAAGGCUCAGCUAAAGAUGGCUUGACAAGGCAAAUCACAAAGUCCUCCAUGGAGUCUCAGCCAGGUUCUCUGGACGAGGUUUUGGAUGAGGGGACAAGAAGUCAGGCAAGUUCACGCCACCUCACUGUGAAAGGCAACUGCAUGUAUCCCACUACAACUUCAGAGGAAGAGAACAAAGACGCACAAGAAAAAAGUGACACAGAUUCUGCUGUUACCUCAAAGAAAGAUGCAAAAAAAUCCAGCAAAAUGAAAGGCAUCAAAUGACACUGACAAUAACUUUUUUAAAACAAUGCUUGAAAACAUUGGUAUUAUUUACCAAAGACUGAAUACUGUGUAUUAAGCACUUUAUAAAUAACUGCUAUGGUACUUGCACACAUGCACAGCACAACUUACACUGGUAAAGGGAAUUACUGAAACUUAAUAACUAAAAAAAAAAGUUAAACACAAGAAACACUUACCUUGUAAGUAUUAGAGCCAUCUGGAUUUUUGUUUUUGUAUUAAGCUGCAUUUACGUUAUUCUUUACAUGUCGUACUGGUCUGGAGCCUUAGCCUUUAUAUUGUUUAAUCUAGGAAAGGGAAGUAUAAUAAUACUAUUCUAUAGUCUUAUACGUGUGAGUGUAUGUGUGUGUGAUAUGUGUGUCCACUUCAUCAUUAUACUGUAUGUAAAAUUGAGGUAUAUAUAAACAUUUCUUUAUCCUUUAAACAUACCUUUAUCUGUUUUUGUAAAUGAACUCUUUAUAUAUAGGAAGAAGUUCAGGAUUACAAUGCUAUUAAGGAAGAAAGGUGAAGAUUACCAGAAACAAUACAUUAUGAAAUGGAAGUUGUAAUACAACUCAAAAUGAAGUGGUAGAGGUUCCUAAUGGUGUCUGAUUUGGCAGUUGUCUUGAAGUGUUUUCUAAUAGCAUCCCACUUACUUUUAAAUUGUUUUUUGGGAUAUGUUGUUCAUGGUCAUCCUUAUCUUUCUUUUAAAUGACAUUGCAGUCUGACACUUUAUGGUAGCACUUUUUUUGGAUGGUCCAAUAUAGAUGCCUCAUAGAUGCUCAUCUGAUAUUUAACUUAACAUUCAACUGAAUGUCUAUUCAAUGCAACUUAUCAUUGAAGUGAAUGUUAAUGAUGCACAAUAGAGCCAAACGCUACAUCCAACCCUAACCCUAAGCCUAAACUUAACCAUUUAUCAAACCUGAAACCCAGCAUUAACUCAAAUCUUAAUCUAAAACUUAAUCUAACUUUAAGCCUAGCCUUAAAAUACUAAGAUCAGGCUUCAGGUUAGAGUUGGUUGUUGGGUUACGUUCAAUAGAGAAUCAUUUACUUUUACAUUAUAGUUCAGUUGCAGUUAAUAGAUAAUAUGCAUUUGGAUGUUAGGUGAAUAUUAGUUGAGCAUCUAUGAGGAGCCUAUAAAGGACAUUUCUAAUCAAGUAAAACCUCCGACACUUCCUUACUUGGUAUAUAUACUUAUUAUCAUUUAGCAUUUUGGAGCAGAAAAACAAACUAAAUGUAUAAUAAUGAAAUAAAUGAAUAAAUAAAUAAUUUAAAAAAAUGCUCCUUGGAAAGAACAUGACAUUAAGUUCAGCAAUACUUACAUUUAUAUUAAGUGUAUAUUGAUCUUAAAAUAUGUGUUAAUCAACUAGUAGCCUGGUUUACUUGAGCAAUUAAUACAUUAUAUUGACAUUAUAUAUAUAGACAUUACAAAUAUAACACUAAAACACUACAAUGACGUACUUGAUUUUGAUGAAGAAUGAUGGGCAUGUACAGUUUGAAUCCAACUUCAGAAGCCUUAGGAAUUCUUAGGAAAAUAUGCCUUAGAUGCUUUGCCACAUGCACCAGUGCAAGGUAUUAUAACCUCAUCUAUGACCCUCAUCUAUGCUGAAGAAGGCUGCACCUUGCAAUGAAGACUAUUAUGUCGUUUCUACCAUCACACUAGAAAAGUAAAAACAAAAUAAACAACAUUACUGAUAAAAGAAGACAGGAAGACAACAUCACACACUGAAUUUAUAUUUAUUUUGCCCUGUAUUUGCUAAUUUGCACCUCACACAUUAUAUUAUAGGUGCACUGCAGUGUGUGGUGGCUACACUGAGUAAUAAAGUAUGUAUGUAGGUUGUCCCCUUCAUAAUCAUAUUGUACUGUACCAGUACUGCUCUGGAUUACCACCGUUUCUGUGACUUGAAUG